AUCUGCUACUCUCGCGACCUCCGGAAUUGAACUUGAUACACUGACUGACCUCUCUACGUACGUACUCUCCCUCCGGUCCCUCCUCCAACCUACACACCGAACCUCCCCCCGAAGGCCCCCGAAGGCAACAACCAAGGGAACACCGAAAAUGCCGACCCCCGAAUCCGCCUCCUUCCUGGCCAAGAAGCCCACCGUGCCGCCGACCUACGACGGCGUCGACUUCGAAGACAACGUCGCUGUCCACAACGCCCGCGACGCCAUUAUCCGUGAACAAUGGGUCCGCAGUAUGAUGUCUCGUCUGGUCGGGGAGGAAUUGGGAAAGUGUUAUGCGCGUGAGGGCGUUAAUCAUUUGGAGAAGUGUGGGGUUUUGAGGGAGAAGUACUUCGAGUUGCUGGGCGAGCGCAAGAUCAAGGGUUACUUGUUCCAGGAGAAGAACUACUUUGCUGGGGAGGGAAACAAGUCUGCUUAGAUUUUGCUCGGUGGAUUGAAUUGAAAUUGGGUUUGCAGGGUUUCUGUGUUAUGUUAUGUGAUAUACAAUAUAUGCAUUGUGGUUUCUUUCCCUACUUCUUCUUCUUUUUCUUCUGGGUUUGGUUUGUGGGGAGUUAGAGGGUGUGGAUGCUGGCUUUGACCAGUCCCGGGCUGUGAUUGUAUGAUAUGCUUUGAGAUGGGUUGAAUUUGGCUCUGCCGUGGUUUAUAUACUGGGUUGUGAGGUGCGAGUGAGGGGUCGAGUGUCUGUAUUGAUACUGCGUAUGUGGAGUAAGCCUUAUGGGAUGGUAUUAUGCUUGUGCUCAGU